AUGCAUUUGCACGGACGCAAUGGUUUUAAGACAAGCUCGGGGGGCGAGAAUAUCCCAAGGGGCAAAGAAACCCAAAGAAAGCGAGGGGCCAGGGAGGCCCAGGGCGGAGGACGGAGAGUUUUUGCUGAAGAAGGUGCCGGCGCACAAGAGGAGGCGGUGGAGACAGAAGGGCUGAGCUCGCUCGCGCUCGGCGGACAAGAAGUAGGGCCUGAGUGGUUGGAAGCGGUGCCGGCGGCGGCGGUUGGUCCAAAUUCCAAGGAGAAAGGUGCGGAGCAUUUGAGAAGAACGCGGAAGAGCCAUUCGAGUGGGGAUCGAGCUGAGCAGAUCUGGCCGGGGUUGAGCGAGGCGCAGAGAGAGCGGGUCGUGGAGCUGCUCGAGGCAUUUCGGAGCAUCUUCGCCUGGACGAUCUACGACCUCAGCGACACGUCGAUAGAGGGGGUGGAGUUCGAAGUGGAGUUCACAGACGACAAGCCCAUCUUUGCGCCCCGCCGGCGGUUCUCCCAGUACGAACACGAGCUGCUCAAGCCCUACUGCGACGAGCGGGAGGCGGCGAAGCUGAUAACGAGGCUGCAGCUGCCGACGGGGGGGAAGGAGCCAAACUGCGCGCCGACGGUGAUUGCACGAAAGAAGGACGCUGAGGGGAACUGGACAGAGCGGCGGAUCUGCAAGGACUACCGGGCUGGCACAACGACAAGACGGUGCUGGACAAGUACCCCAUGCCGGUGGCGGACGAGUUGUUUGACGACCUGGGGGGGAGCGAUUUUCUCAACCCUGGACCUGCGGAUGGGGUACCAUCAGAUCCUCAACCGGGAU